UGUGCGCUUGCUGGGAUCUUGACCGCGAAGAUCUCGGAGCAUCGCCUAGUUAAGUUGCUUUUACAGAAUUAACAGGUCUUCAAGAAAUAAAAGGAAAAGGUCAUUAUUGCUGUGGUUUGAGCUCAGCAUGGCUGUAGUCAUCCGUUUACUGGGGCUUCCUUUUAUUGCGGGGCCUGUGGAUAUCCGUCACUUCUUCAAGGGCUUGACUAUUCCUGAUGGAGGAGUGCAUAUAAUUGGAGGGAAAGUUGGGGAGGCUUUUAUUAUUUUUGCAACCGAUGAAGAUGCGAGACGUGCCAUAAGUCGUUCAGGAGGGUUUAUCAAGGAUUCAUCUGUAGAGCUUUUUCUUAGUAGCAAGGCAGAAAUGCAGAAGACCAUAGAAAUGAAAAGAACUGCUCGUGGAGGAAGAGGGCGACCAGGAUCAGGGGCAUCAGGGCUUAGCAACCUGUAUCAUUUUAUUGAUGCUAUGAAGGAAGAGGAGAGUUAUUCUGGAUAUGGUUCUUCAAUUAAUCAAGAUGCUGGGUUUCAUGCUAAUGGUACAGGACUUGAUGUAAGGCCAAGAAAGACCAGGCCAUCAAAGGCUGAGAACCCUUACUUGUUUCUACGAGGUUUGCCUUACUUAGUAAAUGAAGAUGAUGUACGUGUCUUUUUCUCUGGUUUGUGUGUGGAUGGAGUGAUUUUCUUAAAACAUCAUGAUGGCCGAAAUAAUGGUGAUGCUGUAGUAAAAUUUGCGUCAUGUAUUGAUGCUUCAGGAGGUCUUAAAUGCCAUAGAAGUUUCAUGGGUUCAAGAUUUAUAGAAGUAAUGCAGGGCUCAGAACAACAGUGGAUUGAAUUUGGUGGUAAUGCAGCUAAGGGUGGUGAUGUUUCUUGUUUGAGAGCUGAAGAACAUUCUCCAUCAAGAGGGAUGAAUGAUAGACAUUUUCGAAAACGGACUCAUUCAAGAUCUCCUAGAAGAACACGUUCUCGCUCUCCUCUUGGAUUUUAUCUUCACUUAAAAAAUCUGUCCUUAAGUAUUGACAAAAGAGAUUUAAGAAAUUUCUUUAAAGAUACUGAUCUGACUAAUGAACAGAUUAAGUUUUUAUAUAAAGAUGAACGGAGAACACGGUAUGCCUUUGUGAUGUUCAAGAAUCUAAAAGACUAUAAUACUGCUCUUGGUUUGCAUAAGACUGUUUUACAAUAUCGUCCAGUUUUUAUUGAUCCAAUCUCUAGAAAGCAAAUGGUGAAAUUCAUUGAAUGCUAUGAAAAGAAGAGACCAGGGUCAGUAGAGAAAGGAAGGCCUGGACAUGUUUCACAAAAGUUAUUUGAAGAAGGUUACUCUGGUCAGAAACUGUACAUAUAUAUAAGAAACUUUCCAUUUGAUGUCACAAAAGUUGAAGUGCAGCAGUUCUUUGCAGACUUUUCCCUUGUUGAGGAUGACAUUUCCUUGCUUUAUGAUGACAAGGGAGUUGGUUUGGGAGAAGUACUGGUGAGAUUUAAAUCGGAAGAACAGGCCAUGAAAGCUGAACGCUUAAACCGCACAAGAUUCCUAGGGACAGAGGUGUUGUUAAGACUUAUAUCCGAGGUACAAAUGCAGGAGUUUGGUGUCAAUUUUUCCUUUAUGUGCAAUGAGAAAACACAAGCCCGUUCCCAGUCACACAAUAGAGAUGACCGUUCCCGUCUGUUUGACUUAAAAGACUCGCCAGUAUGUUCACUGGGCCGGUCUGAAAGCAUUGGUUACCAGGCAGAAGACUUAAGGUAUCCCCACAGGUAUUUCCAAGAGUCUGGCAGGCACCCUCCGGAAGACUUCCAUCACUCCCUAGAAGACUAUAGACAACCCCGGGAGGAACACAUCAGGUGCUCAAGAGAGGAAGACUGGAGACGGCCUCUGGAGGAAUGGCGAUGGUCACCAGAAGAUGACUUCAGGUACUCUCGUGAGAAAGAUUUUAGGCAGCUACCAGAGGAUGAUUUCAGAUACCCUUGGGAGGAGGACUUCAGACAGCCACCUCAGGAGCACUUCAGGAGGCCACCCCAAGAACAUUUCCGGCUUUCCCGAGAGGAGUAUUUCAGACAUAUGGCAGAUGAAGACUAUAGGCACCAUUUUGAUGAGGACUUCAGGACCGAAGAAGAUUUGAGAUAUCCUACUGAUGAGGAUUUUAGGCAGCUCUCUAGGGAAGACCUCAGGGCAAUACCAGAGGAGAACCUUGGAUUUCCUGAUAGUUUUAGAUCUCCUGGGGAGGAUUUUUGGACCUCACCUGAUUUCAGAGGUCAUCGUCCUUUUAUGAACUUUGGUUACUUGGAAGGUGGCAAGUUUGAUUUUGGAAAGCAUAAUAUGGGAUGUGUUCCUGAGGGAAGAUUUAUGCCUGAUGUAAAAUUACAUUGUGGUUCAGGUAGAAUAACUCCUGUUAAGAUCAUGAAUCUUCCAUUUAAAGCUAAUGCUAAUGAAAUUUUAGACUUUUUCCAUGGUUAUAAAGUCAUACCUGACUCAGUUUCAAUACAGUACAAUGAGCAAGGGUUACCAAUAGGAGAAGCCAUUAUUGCUAUGGUAAAUUAUAAUGAAGCUAUAGCUGCUAUUAAAGAACUAAAUGGUAGACCAGUUGGUCCCCGCAAAGUUAAACUCAUUUUGCUUUAGAGAGCCUUUCUAAGUCCAU